UGCCGCCGCACAAGCGCUGAGCAGAUACUGAGGCAUGGAAUCGGUGCGCAAGGCCAACCAACGACUCCGCAACUAUCCGGUUCUGCUGACCAAGUGCGCGGACAAGGCCACGGCGUAUGCGGUGUGCGUUUCACGGGAUCUGAACGUUCAGCACAAGAUCUGCGACGCCGAGUUCAAGGAGUUCCUCAACUGCAUCCGCAAGAGCGCCCUGGAAAUGAAGACCAAGCUGUAGACAAUCGAAAACAAUAAAACACAAUGCCUCAAACAAA